UGAGCAGCGCAGCAGUGAUGGCGCUGAUGGUUUUCAUAUGAAGGUUUAACCCAGUGGACUCUGUGCAGUACGCAACAGAUCUGUCCCUCCUCUCUAACCUCUCUGAUACGGGGGCGUUUUAGUGAACUUAAGUUAUGUUGGGAAAUCUGGCCAGGACGAUGGUAAAGACUGGUGUGGUAAAACCCUCUAGUCUGGUAAAGCCAGUAUCAGUGACCCGGAUCACCGGUCGCUACCUGGCACACCAAGAGGGUCUCCCGAAGCUACCAGUGCCACCCCUGCAACAAACAUGCGAUCGCUAUCUGGCUGUUUUGGACCCUAUCACAGACCCGGAGGAACUGAAUCACACCCGGAAAUUGGUGGAGGAAUUUCAGAAGCCGGGCGGUGUCGGAGAGAGACUUCAAAAGGGCCUGGAACGACGAGCCAUGAAGAUGGAGAACUGGCUUUCUGAUUGGUGGUUACAAACAGCUUACUUGGAGUAUCGGAUGCCAGUUGUCAUACAUUCGAGUCCUGGGGUCGUCCUUCCCCGUCUAGAGUUCAGUGAUCGUCAAGGCCAAAUGAGAUAUGCAGCAAAAUUGAUCGCAGGGGUUUUAGAUUUCAAGACCAUGAUUGACAAUGAAACCUUGCCAGUGGAGUUUUUGGGUGGGAAGCCAUUAUGUAUGAACCAGUAUUAUCGGGUUCUCUCCUCCUGUCGGAUACCUGGUACAAAGAGGGACACGGUGGUCAACUACGCAUUGGACAAGAAGCCCCCUGCACAUAUCACUGUAGUGCACAACUUUCAGUUUUUUGUGCUGGACGUAUACAACAGUGAUGGCACACCACUGACUGUAGAUCAGAUCUACAUACAGCUGGACAAGAUCUGGAACUCCUCUUUACAGGCGAAUGAAGAGCCUAUUGGCAUCCUUACCUCCAACCACCGCAACAGCUGGGGCAAAGCUUACAACAACCUGAUCAAGGAUAAGACCAACGAAGAGUCCGUAAGAGCCAUUCAGAAAAGCAUUUUCACAGUCUGUCUGGACGCUCCGAUGCCACACAAAUCUGAUGAAAUGUACUGGACUCGAGCUGGAUUUCAGAUGUUGCAUGGAGGAGGCAGCAGGUGGAACAGUGGGAAUCGCUGGUUUGACAAAACAUUGCAGUUUAUUAUUGGAGAGGAUGGGACAUGUGGGUUGAUCUAUGAACACGCUCCUGCUGAAGGGCCACCUAUCAUUGCGCUGCUUGACCAUGUGGUGGAAUACACCAAGAAGUCAGAGAUGGUCCGUACUCCGAUGGUCCCGCUGCGUAUGCCUCAGAAACUUCAUUUCAACAUCACGCCCGAGAUCAAAAAGGACAUUGAGGAGGCCAAACAAAACCUAUACAUUAUGGUUCAUGACUUGGAUAUGAAAAUCAGCGUGUUCUCCCAUUUUGGCAAAAAUUUCCCAAAGUCGCAGAAGAUGAGCCCUGAUGCAUUUAUUCAGAUGGCCCUCCAGUUGGCACACUACAGGAUGUACAAGCGCUGCUGUCCCACCUAUGAGAGCGCAUCCCUCCGAAUGUUCAGGCUGGGACGCACAGACACCAUUCGCUCAGCCUCCAUUGACUCUGCCAGGUUUGUAAAGGCCAUGGAUGACUCGACUAAACAGAACACAGAGAAAGUGGCUCUGCUGGAGAAAGCCAUUAAAGCUCACAGAGAUUAUACAGAUAUGGCGAUCCGAGGUCAAGCCAUCGACAGACAUUUGCUUGGAUUGAAAUUGCAGGCUACCGAGGAUCUGCCCUCCCUCCCAGAAGUCUUCGUGGAUCCCUCAUAUGCUGCGUCACUACAUUACAAACUCUCCACCAGCCAGGUGCCAGCUAAAACCAACUGUGUGAUGUGCUUCGGCCCGGUGGUUCCAGACGGGUACGGCGUGUGCUACAACCCCAAGGACUCCCAUAUAAACUAUGCGGUCUCGGCCUUCAACAGCUGUAAGGACACUAAUGCAGCACUAAUGGCCCAAGCUCUAGAAGAUGCUCUCUUGGACAUGAAGACCCUUUUGGAGCAAACACCCAAAGCCAAACUUUAACUACAAUUACAUCAACCAGUCUUCUUUGACAUUUUGGUAUACAGCUGAGCACUUGAGAAGAAUUUUAUGAAGAGACUUUUUAUGUUGUAUUUACCAGUACAGACGGAAGUUGACUGGAUGAAUAAUAAUUUCAAUCUUUAUAUGUUUAUGUGUGUCAGUUUGUUCAAACAGACAAGAAAUCAAAUACGUUUGUCAAUCAGGUUUUGCUGAUUUGCAUUUUCUUUGUCUUUACUGAGAAAUCUCAAUACCAUGUAUCAGAUAUAGCUGUGCAUUCUGGUAAACAGAGUCUCUCUCUCUGUUGCAAAUUAGUAAUUUGUAAUAUGUAAUCAGUUAAAAAAGAUUAUCCACUCUGUGUGCAUGGUUAUACACUGUUAAAUGCCAUAAUGUAAAUAAUAUUUGUUUCUUAGAUCUUAACACAAGCUGUAAUUUGCAUAUUAACAUGCUUUUAAUAAAUAUUAAGUUAUUUACAACUUA